AUGGCGACUCCGCAACCCACUGCACCGCUCAAAUUCAAUGGCGCCGGCCACCUUACCACUCGCCUCGUCCUCGCGACUCUUACUGGCCGUCCGGUCCGCAUCUCACAAAUCCGCGCAUCGUCCCAUACAAACCCCGGUCUCGCACCGCACGAAGUCUCAUUCCUCCGACUUUUAGAUGCCAUCACGAACGGCUCUGCGAUCGAGUUCUCCAUGACUGGUACGACCUUGGUAUACAAGCCUGGUCUCAUUGUGGGCAGCGCUGCAGGCUACGGCGCAAGUGGUGGCGUAGUGAAGCAUGAAUUGCCUAGAGACUGCACCCGGGGUGUCAGCUGGUUCCUUAUACCUUUGUGCAUGCUUGCCGCCUUUUCGAAAGCCCAAGUCAACGUCAUUUUCACAGGUCCUGGUGUCAUCACAAGUGCGACAGACAAGGGCGACGUCAGCGUGGACACAGUACGAACGGCUAUCCUUCCUCUCUACAAGAACUUUGGUAUUCAGAACAACAUCGAGCUUCGUGUAUUGAAGCGAUCAAAUCCUGGACCAGGCGGAAGAGGUGGUGGUGGAGAAGUGCAACUGGUUUUCGGCCACCAGGUCAGACUACCCAAGACGAUACACAUCAUGAACCCUGGCAGAGUCAAGAGGAUACGUGGUGUGGCAUACGCAACCGGAGUGGCAGGCGCAAACAAUGCUAGAAUGAUCGACACAGCUCGUGGUGUGCUCAACCAGUUUGUUGCAGACACAUACAUAUUCUCGGACGUCUCUUCAGCACCUUUGAUCCCAGCUCCGGAAAGGAACAACGCUGCGGCGAAGAAGAAGAUCGGAGUUGGAUUUGGUCUCAGUCUGGUCGCAGAAUCAAAUACAGGUGUUUUGUAUUCGGCAGACGUGGCCAGCUCGGCAGCAGGUGGUGAGGCGCCAGAGGACAUUGGUAAAGCUUGCGCAUAUCAACUGCUGGAAAGCAUCUCGCAAGCAGGAUGCGCAUCGAUUGUGGCCGCACCAACCAUGCUCACACUGAUGGCUAUGGGAAGUGAAGAUGUGGGAAGAUUGGUUCUGGGCAGAGAUGUGCUAGGCACUGAGGAGAUUGUGCAGCUGGCACGAGAUCUCCGAGUGUUUGGCAUGAGCGGCUGGGGCUUGAGAGAUGGCAGCAAUGCAGGGGACGUGGUUGUGUCAAUUGUUGGAAGGGGCGUAGGUAACGUCGGAAGGAAAAUUGCAUAG